CGAACGCAUGUGUGAGCUUCCGAAUGUCGUUCUCGAGCGUUCGCUCUCUCUCUCUCGCUCUCUCGCGCUCUCUAUCUCGCUCUCGUGUGUUGCUAUUGUUCCGUGUCGAUUCCGCGCGAUUUGUUUUUGCUUAGUAUAUGCGUGUUUGUGUAAGCCGGUUUGUGGGCGCCCGACGUGUUCGCUCGCUGGCGCUGCUGCUGUCAACGAACAAAACACUGCUGUGUGAGAUUUUCCCGCGCCACCAGGAAGAUUUUCGCGUCAUCAGGAACAUCGAAAGGAUCCCGAUGCGUAAACACAGCGCUAAUGAGUAAAUUGUAAAGACAUCAAAAGCGGGUUCUCUUUCACGCAGCCGACACUAAUUGGACGGCUGGACCAACCCGAGAGGACGUGUGUGUGUCCUGUGGAAAGUGUGGUGUCCUCAUCAUAAUCAUAAUAAUCAAUGAUGCCGCGCGAAAACUCGUGUGACAAUUACCUCCUUUCGGUGUGUGAUAAGUGAGUGUGCCGUGUGCUUGUAUGUGUGUGUAGCAAAGCAAAGCAAACCGAUCGCGACAACGAGUCGCGUCCGUGGUGCAUCCUGAUUAUGCCGCUUUUGGUUGCUCCGAGAAGUUCGCAUGGAGUGGCCCUCGUAGACCACCAUCGUCACCACCGUCAACUGCACCACCGCCGUUCACCGUCACCCGUACCGAACCAGACCGCCGACCAGCUGGGCGCGCUUUCCAGGUCCGCCGACCGUGCGGUAGAUUUCAGCAUGUCAAAGUUCAAAGCAUCGUCGCGCCAUUCGCUGUACCGUCAGUUUUACGGUGGAGAUGAAUCGCCACCGUACGAAAAGCCGGAAGAGACAGAAACCGCCGAACCGGAAGGGCGCGAAAAAUCCUUCGGUAAAGUUUGGCUCAACAACGAAGCUCAAUGGCAUCAUCCGAUAGCGAUGGCUCCUGGGCAACCGCCAGCUCCGAUAGUGUCCACUGGGCCGCCUCUGUCCACGGCAGCACCACCUCCACUAAACAUGUCGAUGCCACCCGUUUCCUCGAUGGCACUGCACGGCUCCCCGCACCAUCAACAGCCCCUGUACCUGAAUCCGGCCAGCCUGAUGAGCCUUCGGGAUAUGAUGCUCCAGAGUCCGGCCGGGUUGAGCCUGCUGAACGCGGACACCGCCAGCGCCGCCACCGGUCUAGGAUUGCUGAAGCGUAGCAUGCUCGAAUCGUCGGCCGCCGCUUUCCCGCUGGGGAUAAACCCACUCCUCACCAGCACUGCCACCUCCUCCACCUCCAGCCCUAGCGCGUCCCAGACCGCUACGACGGCGGCCACCACGUACAGCCUGCCAUCGAUAAUUCCAACGACCGUUGCAUCAUUAUCACAGCAGCAACACCAGCAACUGAUCAAAAAGGAACGCGACGAAUCCGACAUCGAGAUGGACGACCGGGAAGAGGACGAAAAACCGGCCAAACAUCGCCGCGCCCAGUCUCCCACGUUGCCCGGCCCGGCAUUGCAUCGUCCCCAGCUAUCGCUCUCGCCGUUCCGCUCAUCGCCGCCCAGCUCGUCGUACUAUCGCAAUGCAGCGGGAGCACAGCAGCAGCCAUCAUCAGCCAUCGAUCAGGGCUUGCCGCAUCGAUCAGCGGCUGCCGUCUCCCAUCAACCACAUCUCUAUCACGCGCCCAGCUCGGCGACAGCAUCGUCCACCACCGCGGUAGCCGCGGUCCCGUCACAUCAAAGGCACCAGCAACAUCAAAGAGAUUCCGCUGAGCGUGAGCUGAAUUUAAAUGCGAACCGAGCGAAAAACGAUCGCGACCUGCACAUGCCGCACAACCACGGCCGGGAUCAUCCGUCACAGCCAACCAACCACCACCACCAUCUUCACCAUCUUCAUCCACAUCUAGCACCGUUCGCGAAUCGGGCCGAGCUGGAAUUGUUUCGUGACCGGGAGGCUGGACAGCAUCCGUCGCCGCACGGUGUGCGGACGCUGCAUUCGGACUCGGACGCCUCGGAGCUUGAGGAUGGGAGGGCGAAAGAUCGAGCACCGCACGCAACCAAGCGCAAGAACAGUGAUGAUCUUGAGCGGCGUGAUCUGCGCUUCGGUGCAAUGGCGUCUCGCGUGGACCAUGACGGUACGAACCAUGUGCAGUCAAAGUCGAAGCAGCAGGACCUAACGGCACGCAGCAAGUCAUCUUCACCCGAUCUAAGCAUAAAAACACCAAAAUCACCAUCUCCGCCCCGUUCGCAUGACGACAUCGACAGCGAUCGUGACGAUGGCAGUGACCGCGAGAACCUCAGCAGCCCCAUUCCAAACGAGCGUCCGGAACGAACCACGCCACUCAAUCUUAUUACGGACUCGUCACGAAGGACCCCAUCGCCACCAGCAUCCAGUGCUGUUCCGGGCGGAGGUCUUGGCGUUGCCCUCGCCGCCCUUCAGAACCAUCUCCCGCUAAGCUCGCUGUUCCUUCAGAACCAACUCGGUCUGGGUGGACUGGCCGGCCUUUCGGGGCAGGACAUCGGAAUGCUGCAGCAAGCGCUCCAAGCUCAGCAAGCAUCCCUCCAGCAGCAGCUCCAACAGUACAUGCUGCUCCAGGUGCAGGGCAGCGCUGUCGGUGCGAACGAGAAUGCUACUGCGGCGGCCACCGCCCAGGCCGCUGCAUCGUUCCUCAUGCAAAACCAGGUCCAGCAAGCGGUCGCCCAACUUCAAGCACUGCAGAAACAGCAACAGCUGAAGCCUACCAGCUCCACACCAACGCCGGGCGCCACCGCCACCAGCUCCCCACUGCACAGUCCAUCCGGCAGCCCGGGACUGCAUCACCAUUCGACGCAAACGGGCGCCAUGCUAGGCGCGAGCCAAACAACACCUCCCAACGUGAGUCAGAUGAAUGUGGGUGGCAUCCUGACACCGUCCACGCCCGGCUCGGGUGCCCACACACCUCAGCUCCAGAAACAUUCGGCCGCCCCCCGCGCGCUGGAACCAUCGCCCGAAGAGACGACCGAUCUGGAGGAGCUGGAACAGUUCGCGAAGACGUUCAAGCAGCGAAGGAUAAAGCUGGGCUUUACGCAGGGUGACGUGGGGCUGGCGAUGGGCAAGCUGUACGGGAACGAUUUCUCCCAGACGACCAUCUCCCGGUUCGAGGCGCUAAACCUGAGCUUCAAGAACAUGUGCAAGCUAAAGCCGCUGCUGCAGAAGUGGCUCGAGGACGCGGACAGCAGCAUCUCCAACCCUGGCGGGCGCAUCUUCAGCCCGGCCGCCCUCUCCAACACGAUGGCCACCCCGGAAACGAUGGGCCGACGGCGCAAGAAGCGCACCUCGAUCGAAACCUCCGUCCGGGUUGCGCUGGAAAAGGCGUUCCUCGUCAACUGCAAACCCACCAGCGAAGAGAUCUCCACCCUGGCGGACAACCUCUGCAUGGAGAAGGAGGUGGUGCGGGUGUGGUUCUGUAACCGGCGGCAGAAGGAAAAGCGGAUAAACCCACCGAACGGUAUGGACAGCCCGACGCAUUCGUCCGCCAGCGGGGAACUGUUUCCCGCCAGUCUCGUCCCAGGCCUAUCCUCACCUUCGUCCGUGUCCGGUGGCGGUGGCGGUGGUGGUACCGGUGGAGGACACCACUACGCACCGCACCUUCACCAUCCGCACCAUCCGGCGCACACCGGUAGCAUCAAGCAGGAAUGACCGGUUGGCCGGGUGGUCGGUGGGCACGGUUGGUCCUCACCCGAUGGGAUGACAGAGCAACGGUCGGACCACGAGAUGGUGGUGAGCUACCUUCACUAGGCGGUCGUGGAUGAGCGCAGGGAAAAGGAUGAUGAUUUCAGCUCCGAAGAAAGAAAAACUCCGGACGUUCAACGAGGUUUCGCGGGCGUUCAACAUAUCACACAGCCACAGCUGGCGGCCGUAAUCUCCGGUCGCGACGACAACGGUGAUGGGCCGAAUGGGUCAGUCGAGAGAGCGAGCGAGUGAGUGAGUGAGUGCUAGAGCUAAUAUAGUCACAAUGAGAUAUAAAAAAAACAAACCCCCCAUGCGUAAUAUACAUUGCUAUCGUAGUUUGAUGUAGUUCGAUAAGAGAUGUAAGCGAGCCGAGUCAGUGUAUACCAGGGACGAAAAGCACUCUUCUAUCCGGGUUGUCGCAAUGCUUGUGAAGGACGGGAUUGAAGUUGACGAGGACCUUCUCAUCAGACUUUCUUACAUCCCGCAUUCUCAACCAUUGGAGGGCGGCCCUUCAAGAAGAUCAACCGAAGAUGUAAAUACAGAAGCACAAGAAGCAGGCUAAAUGCAGUCUUUCCCCGAAUUAUAGUUUCUCCUUCCCCGUAUCCCCCGGCAUAAUGGCGCACUGUAGAGUUUGAUUCCUUUUUUUUUGGUUCGUACUAAAAUCACACUCAAAAAUAAACAUUCCCAAGCGGACGAAUGAUCGGAGGAGGAGCAGACUAUCCAAAGAAAUGCUUAGAUAUAUUAGCUAAAAACCGGACUCUGUAUGACUCGGGGGGGGGGGGGGGGGGAGCAAGGAUUCAUGUACCCUAGAGUGUGUGAGUGUGCGUGCGUGUGUUUAAUUGUCGUCCGUCGUCGUCGCUAGAAAGAGGCUCUUGUUACGAGGUUAGGGAGAAGCUGCGCCGACACAGGACACAACCGAAACCUCCUCCCUCAGUCUGCGUGUGCGUGUGUCUUCCAUGAAGCUGCUGGCAAACACCCCGAUUCCCUUUCCCUGUCCUUCAUUUAAUCCCCCCCCUCCCUCCCUCAAACUCCAAGAACGGAUUAAUGUUCCUAACGAGCUAGCAGAGAAGCUGCUGCACAGAAUGGGUACGCAAAUCGAUAGGCGAUAGAUAGCGGGUAGGCAAGAGAAGUAAAAUGCGUUAUAGAAAUCAAUAUCUAAGAUAAAUACUAAGUGGGUCCUAAGUCGGUCGGCGUGGAAAAUCUUCAACCGUAUCACACCCGAUGUGCGAUACGGAUGACUCAUUUUCCUGCGCGAAGGGUACUCCCUCCCCCGAUAGUAGAUCGAUCGUAACUUCAUCGAGCAACGAAUGAUCCUCCCCAACCUGUCCUUCCUCUGGGGGUAGAUUCAAAACCUCGAAAAAGGUCGGAGCGGUUGUAGGAGCUAUUUAAUUUGUUAAUUAAUUACUUAGUUAGUGAACACGGAGCACGGUGCUGCGAUAUAGCAAUUUUGCGUUCUGCGACGUUUUUGCGUUUUGUUUGGCUUUGAUUUUUGUUUUCGUCCUUUUGUUUCGUUUUCUGCUUCACCAAAAAAAAAAGGGAAAGAGAAUUUUCCGUUUUCUUUUUACUUUUUUUCUUUUCUGUACUAAAUUUGCAUAACCUAUUUUGUGGUUGCGUGUGGUUUUUUGGUUUUUAUGUGUUUUUUUUUUUCGUUUCUUUCCGUUUUUCACACACGCAUGGUUCAUUCAGAAAGGGCGAAUUAACUUAAAGGUAGUAAAAUUUUGUGCUAAUUACUAAAUGGAACAGUAAAAGCAGCCAAUGUAAAUAGUUAACCAACAAAGAGGGAAUCGAAGCAAAAGAAACACAACAGAUAAAUAGCUACAGAGGAAGUGUAAAACAAAGAAAAACAAGCGGAAGAAGAAAGUAAAUAAGGAA